CAGGGACCGGCGCGGCGUGGAGCGGGGCGGCAGCAGGUAGCGCUGCCGGCGGAGCGGGCCGGGCCGGGCCAUGGGGAAGGUGCAGCUCUUCGAGAUCCGCCUGGGCGAGAGCCGCGUCGUCUACAGCCCCGGGGAGCCGCUGGCCGGCACCGUCACCGUGCGCCUCUCGGGCUCGCUGCAGUACCGAGCCAUCAAGGUGAGCUGCGUGGGGUCCGGUGGGGUGUCUAACAAGAUCAACGACACAGCAUGGACCGUGGAGGAGCAGUACUUCAACAGCACACUGUCUCUGGCAGACAAAGGGGUCCUGACAGCUGGAGAGCACAACUUUCCCUUCCAGUUCCUGCUGCCAGCCUCUGCUCCUACAUCGUUUGAAGGUCCUUUUGGCAAGGUCCUCCAUCAGGUGAAAGCUGUGAUAGACACACCUCGCUUCUCCAAGGACUACAAGUGCAACAGGAUCUUCUAUGUUCUCUGCCCUCUCAACCUGAAUGACAUCCCUGACAUCGAGCAGCCCAACACCAUGUCCAUCACCAAGAAGUUCAACUACAAGCUGGUGAAAAGUGGCAACAUCAUCCUGACAGCCACCUCGGACCUGAAGGGCUACGUCGUGGGGCAGGCGAUCCAGCUGCGCACCGACAUCGAGAACAAGUCCGGCCGCGACACCGGCGCCGUGGUGGCCAGCCUGCUGCAGAAAGUGGCUUACAAAUCCAAGCGCUGGAUUUACGACCUGAGGACCAUCGCUGAGGUGGAAGGCUCAGGAGUGAAAGCCUGGAAACAUGCAGAGUGGAAGGAGCAGAUCCUUGUUCCAGCACUGCCCCAAUCCAUUCUGCAGGGCUGUAGCCUCAUCCAUAUCGACUACUACAUCCAAGUCUCCCUCAAGUCACCAGAGGUCUCUGUCACUCUCCCCAUUUACAUUGGUAACAUUGCUGUGAACAGGGUCCCCCUGAGCCCAUCCCGCUCCAUCCAGCACAUCCCCUCUGCGGUGGUCCCCAGCGCCCCCCCGGAGGAAGAGGAGGCUGCCAGUGGCUAUCACCCCAUGGACAAUGUCUCCAUCCCCACCAAAAGCCAUUCCCAGCAGCAGCCAUUCAGCUACGCCCCAGGACUGAGCUUCCAGGAGCUGAGGGUGGACACGGAGCAGACAGGCUCCCCGAGCCACCCCACGCUCUGCCUGUCCACGGGAGCCACUGUCCCCUACUACGCCGAGGGGAACGUGGUGCCUGUCCCCACGGCCAGCUCCCUCAUCCUGCCUCCGGAGUACAGCACCUGGGGCUACCCCUACGAGGCACCUCCAUCCUACGAGCAGAGCUGCAGCAGUGCCAACUCCAGCAUCAGCAAUGGCAAUUAGCCCUUCCCAGCUUCCAGCCCCACUGGCACUGCCCACCCUGGGCACCACAGCUCAUCUGCCUGCUGCAAAGGCUGGUACAGCACAAGGUGGCUUCUUAUCUCGCUGGCUGCUCGGUCGGGUCAGUGGCACAACCCAGGCUGGGCUUUGGAAGUCUUUUUCUAGGGAGGAGGGGGAGAAAACCCAAACAAACAAAAGAGCAGCCAGAGCAGCCUGUGUGUGCAUGUAGGAGGCAUCUCCUGCUGCUGCACCGAGUGCUGGAGAAGUGGUUUUGCCCCCGGGAUGCCCUCUGCAGCAGCCUGUGUUUAAAGUACUGUAGCCAACACUAACUGCUUUACUAUCAAAGCACCUGCGAUGCCUUAUCUGAAAUGCUCCUGGCUUGGCAUGCCUCCCCUCUAGGUGAGGGCUGGGCUCUGUGGACUUUCUCCCUUCUCUUUUUAGGGGCCAUGUGCCCUCCAGGAAUGGUUCUGCCAGCCUUUCUUCUCGUCCUCAGAGCUCCUAAGGGUAGCUGAAAUGGGAGGAUUCUUGGAGUAGGCAGGUUCAGAAGGUCAGGGACGCAGCAAGCCAAAAGCACAAGCCCUGGCUGCAGCGGUGCUGGGGGGUGAGCAGCAGCAGGCUUUGCUCCUCGGGCUGCACUGCUGCCUGUGGACAGCGAGAGGAGAGCUGCUCUGGCAGCAGGGAGCUUGCCAGGGCCUUGCUCGUACCCCAAGAGACCCUGCUGAGCUGCGGAGGGAGAGCCAAGUAGUACCAUGAGGUGCCCACCAGCCAGCUCCUGGCCUUUUUUACCAAGGGCAGCUUUUCAUGAGCCCUGUGGGGACAGACCAUCCUUGCUGCCAGACCCGGGAUGAGCAGCACUGAGCCUGCAAGCAGGGCACCAGCUCCCUGUGCCCCAUCUGCCACCCCUGCAGGGUGCCCUCCCCAUCCCCGCUGCUGCACUCUUUGGUGGGCCAGAAUUAAACGACAAUCAAGUUACAAAAGUCCUGUCCAAUGCUACCUCUGAGUCUGCCCAAGGACCCUGUGGGUGGAAGCCCUUCCCUGGGGGUGUCCCUCCCUCCAGGCUCAGCCUGGCACCUGGCAGGAGUGGGCCUGUGGCCUGGGGACUGUGCUCCCUGCGGGCUGGUGCUGGUUCACUGCUUGUCCCCUGAGCCACCUCUGGGCCCACGAAAAUGCUCAAGAGGGGACACAAAAUGCUACUGCUCAGCUGCAGCCUGUGCUGGACCUGACAGGGUGGGAGAAGGAGCUGGUGGAUGCAAACCAACAUUUUACUUUUGUGCUUUGGUUCCUUUGACCCUCCACUUGCUGAGCUUUUCGAGCUGAGGAGACCACAACCCAGGCACCUCAGAGCCACAAAGCCUCCAGCUGUGGACUGCAGACCUUUCAGACUUGGUCUCCACACUGCCUCGUGCUGGGUGGGCAAUACCUGAGGAAGCUGUUAGGAGCACUACAGGCUCUGCACCUGGCUGGCAGGCAGCUGGGGCCAAGCCCUGCUUUGCACUCUUCCUUUGCAAGCUCUUUUUAUCUGGUUUUAUUUCUUCCUUUUGAAGUGUUGAACUGCUUUAAAGGUAAGGGAGAGAAGGUGUAGCUCUGAGCAGUGCUGGCACAACAUGCACCAAUGGUGAUAGAAUGAUUGUCAUUGUCCCUGAAUAUAUCUAUAUAAAUAUAUAGAUACAUACAUAUAUAUAUAUAUAUAUAUGAGAGAUGAAAGGUUUUGUUUUUAAUGACUGGAUUCAGAAAUACAAAUUUUAAUGCUGUAUUUAAUAAAUUAUUCUAAGAGAAA